AUGGACCGCAAAAGAAUCCACGACUGCUUGUACUUCUGCUUGUACAACAACAACAUGACAUCAAAUUCAAAAGCAACGACAACACCACCACCUCAGAUGACGUCUGACCCAUCUCUGUUCCGUUUUUCUAUCCUUAUUUUAAGGUUUCAAAUACCUAAUUCAAAACUGAAAACUCCGUUUGCUCGCGGCGCCCCAUUCGGGGCAGAUCCCCCGCAUUGCUUAUGGAUGCCACAUCGGCAUCGUCAUCGUCCGUGCGCCGAUCGUUCCGAAGGGCAGUCGGCAAGAGCGACCGGAGGCACCGGCGCGACCCCGGCCAUGGAGAGCAUGUCCAGCUCGCCGGUGGCCAUGUUCCGCAUCGACGGCGAGCGGCUCAAGAACCUGAUCGAGCAGACCGCGCCAAAGUCGGUGCUCAUCUUCGGCACGGGACCCUUCCAGAGACGCGUGCUCGCCGGCACCGUCCUGUGCCUGCUCGUGGUCGCCCUGCACAACACGGUUCUCAUGGUGCUCGCUCGACCCGUCGCCCACUGGUGCCGGCGACCCGACGAGCUCCUCAACGUGCCGCUGGACGAGUGGAAGAACGCCAGCCUGCCCCGACUCCCCGACGGCUCGGCCAGCGAGUGCACGCGCUACGAACCCGCGUUGCCUCCGUUCCCGCCGCAGGACCCGACGUCGUCGGCGCUGGUCAACAGGACCGAGGUGCCCUGCGACGCGUGGGAGUACGACCUGAGCGCCGGAGGACCGACCAUAGAGAGCCAGUGGGACCUGGUGUGCAGCCGGCGCCGGCCUGUCCUACUGGCGCUGGCCGCGUCGUACCUCCUGGGCGGCGUGGUCGUCAUGCCGAUGGCGGGCCACUACGCCGACCGAGUCGGCCGCCGUCCCGUGCUGUGCGCGGCCGUGGUUGUGCUGGCGCUGUCCAGCCUCGCCACCUGCCUCGUGCGGUCCCUGUACGCGUUCGUCGCGCUGCGCGUGGUCACGGGCGCCGCCUCCAGCGUCGCCGAGGUCACGUCCACGCUCAUCUUGUUCGAGGUGUGUAGACGUGAAGGCCCAAACCACACGUACGCUCCUCGGCGCGCCUACGCAUGAAUGCAGCGAGACAGAAGGCACAG